AUGGAGGAAGGAGCGCUUUUCGUAGGUAUAAUAACAACUAGUGGGCAAUUCUUUUCAAGAGUGGCUCGACGAGGGGAGUUGUUCGUGGUUCCUCGAGGAUUGCUUCAUUUUGAACUCAAUAUUGGGUUUGAGAUUGCCACAUUUUUUGCAAGUUUUAACAGCCAAAAUCCCGGGGUCAUAAGGUUUGUCACGGCUCUCUUCAAUUCAACGCCACCGGUGCCGGAGGAAGUUCUAACUGCAGCAUUUCGAGUGAGUAACGCCACCAUUGACGAAAUCAGAAGAAAUGUUACGGGCAAUCCGUAUGUCAAGCAAUACUAUCUGCGACAUUAA